GGUGAGCUCGUGUAACGCUCCUUGUUCUUAAUAAUUCGUAAUAAAUAAAAUUCAACUAAAGACGUUUGAUAACUUAAACGGUUAACGAAACUGUGUAAAUAGAAUAACUACAAUUAUAGUGUAUAGUAAUUAUUCAAUAUUAAAGAAUUUUUGUUUAUUUUUAUUUCGUUCUACAUUUAAUUGUUAUUUACAAAAGAAAGUUACUUAGUUUUCAUUUUGAAUGGCUAAAGAUGCGUGUUAUUAACAGAAAUUUGGCGUUGUUAUUGAGUAUCUUGUGUGUGAGUGGAGAUUAUAACGUGGUGUAUAAUCAACAUUCUUUGGAACUGACCCAGUCCUUGAACUUGGCAAGGCAAGAGCAGAUCCAGGAGCGAUGUAAUAGAUACCGGUUGGCGUGGUCUGUUGAUGAUUUACCCAAUAAUCAGUUGGAACACAUAUUAGUUGAUGAUGAUCGCAAGCUUCUCUACUGCUAUGUCCCUAAGGUAGCAUGUACUAAUUGGAAACGACUACUCAUGACAUUGGGUGGAAAGUGGAAUGGAACUGAUGUUCUAGCAAUACCUGGUCAUAUAGCCCAUUCCCCGGGAAUGUUUAGGAACCUAAGUUCAGUGCCCAAAGAAGAACGAGAUGAAAUGCUAGAGAAUUAUAACAAAAUGAUUAUUGUCAGGAAUCCUUUUGAAAGACUUCUAUCUGCAUACAGAAAUAAAUUGGAAAUAGAUACCCCGAGUGCAACUUAUUUUAGGAAUCGCCUGGGCAGGAGGAUCAUCAAGGCCUUCCGAGCUAAUCCAUCGAAUGAAUCCCUUGAACUGGGAGACGAUGUCACGUUCAGGGAGUUCGCCCUCUUUCUAACAACGAAGACAGAAGAACUGGCAGAUAUGGUGAAUAAUGAACAUUGGCAGCCGAUCACCAAUUUGUGCCAUCCUUGUCUCAUAAAGUACACAUUAGUUGGCAAAUAUGAAACUCUACUGGACGACGCUCUACUAGCGCUUCACACAAUCAACGCCACAGAUAAGGUACAAUUCCCAAGGCUGUCACACACGUCAGGAACUUCGGAGAAACUGAGCAAGUAUUUUGCCCAACUCGAGUUGCCACUUAUAAGUAAAUUGUACAAAUUGUAUAAAUACGAUUUCCGAAUUUUCGACUACCAUUUAGAUAAUAUUGUUGGUUUUGAUUUGGGGUAAGUUAAACGCGCAUAUGACUUGGAUAAUUUAUACAGGAUUUUAAUGCCUAGAUGAUUUGAUCUGAGUUUUAAUAAGCCUGGAUCUUUAACUAUUUAUAUAACUUUUCCAAUGCAAUUUUAUACAUUACAAAACGGAUAGAUAGAUGACGGUCGUGUUUUGUAUAUUAUAAAACCUAUCUCUAAACUCUCAAAGCCUUGGGUACUAAGGUAUGAUUUAUUAAGCCAUUGUUUUCAAACUGUAACAAUCUAGAUAUUUGAAUGGAGCGAAACAAUGCAUUACUGCAAGGCCUGAGGUAUUUACGUUAUUAAUUAUACAUAUACACUAUUACCUGAGACUUGAAUCUUUGUCCCACUUGAGUUAAAACUUUGUCCCACUUGAGUUGAAGCUUUGUCCUACUCUAGAUAUUUCCCGGGAGCAAAUUGAAAACUCUUUAUUUCCACGACAUAUUAUAUAAUGAGAUUCGACACACGAAUAUCCGAUUCAAUUAUCACGUCCUGGAUGAGUUCCAGAUAAAUCUCGAUUUAUGCAAAUAUUUUUUUUAUUUAUUGUAUACAUAAGUAGAAAAGAAGUUGGUGUGGUGGAAACACAAGUUGAACUAAGUUUUUCUGUCCACGAGGACUUGACAUAUUUAAAUAAUUAACUUGGGUAAGUUACAUAUGGAGUGUUCAAGUAUUAAGUAACCUAAUUUGGGGGGAGGGGGGUUUCUCCUCUUGUAAAACGUUACGUGAGGGGUGGUGAUUGCACGCGUUAUUGAUAAUAUUAUUUUCGACUUUCCAGUACGUUACACCACAUAAUGGUAAGUUUUAAGGUCAAGAAUCUCCAAAAAUUGCGUGACGUAAUACUUGAAUGCUCUCAUAUACACUUUAACAUUAUAACCAUAAAUAAUUAAAAUUGCAAAUUGCAACAAUUUGAAACAUUGACACAGUUACCCUAGAAUACUCUCUAAGCCUUUUCACUAAGCUAUUGUUUUCCAGAAAUAGAAAAUCUAGAUAGUUGAAUGGAGCAAACCAAUGCAUAGAGGCCUGAGCAAUAUUGGUAAAUUAUCAAAUAUUUUACCUAUUUAAAUGACACUUUGAGUUGCGUAUAGCUGGUCUGUCCCACACUAAAGAUAUUCCCGUAGUAAAACCAAGAAACAAUAUUCAACUAUCACGUGGGGGGUGUCCCGGAUAAAUCCCAGAUAUAUAGAGAUCAGAUGUCUGAUAUUUUUGCUACUCUGGAGAAGGAAAUAAUAACGUGAUUGAGGAUUCAAUCUUCAUACCUGAAGGUCGUCUGUCUUCAAAAGAGUCAACCAACACGUUGACGUACUCCACACCACUAUCCUCAGCUUGUCUUAGUGCUUUGGGGAUGAUGACACAAAUAAUUGUCGUGUCACGGCAUCUUUAGCCAUGCUGAUUCACCUUUAUAUCUCGGGAACAGAACUGCCGUCGUCAGAUGUAGACUGUGCUAAAUACGUAGAAAAUUGUUGAAUCGAAGUGAUUUUAUAGGUAUUUGCUAUCUAAGAAUAGAUAAAAUUCAUCUUAAAGCAAAACUUGUAUGGAGCUUUUUUUUCCGACCUUCAGAAGACGUGAAUUUUAGCCAUAGUCAUUAUAAUUUGCUUAUCGCAUUCCACUAACCAUCUAGGCUCCAUAAUUAUUAUAACGUAAUAUUAGCUAUGUUCUCAUAUUACCUAUUUGCCAUUGACCCGAGAGUAAACGAGUUUUGAAUAAAGCUUUGUAAGCAAUAAGUCUUUGUCUAUUAUAAGAUGCCUGUUUAGUAGCAUACAUAAAUGAUAAAUAAUCUAAUUUCACAUUAAUCAUACAGAUAUUGGUGAAGAAGAUAUACAUAUAUUUUAUUUACUAUUUAAUUCUACACACAAAUUUUCUAAUUUUUACUAUCAUUAAUUUUUUUCUAGUAUUUUUUUUUGCAUCUUACAUUUUAAUCCCAAUACACCCGACUUACAUUUUAUACACAUAUUCUGUACAAAAAUAUACAUUAAAUAAUUUCGUCGAAUUUAUGUUUCCUGUUCUAUAUUCAUAGGCGAGUUAUGGCCUGUCGUCUUGCCUCCAUUACGCUCUUGUUGCAGUGACGCAUUUCACUAUAUUACUGCAGAAAUGUUCCAUUUGUGAUCUGAAGCUUUUUAAUGCGGGCAAAUAGAAUAAACAUUAGAGGACUUGUUUUUAUAUAUGUUAUAAAAAAGAUAAGCUCAACUCUUUCUAGAACUCAAUCAUACAUAUAUAUGUCUUAUCGUUAAGAUAAUAUAGCCUAUGACAUUCAUAUAGUGUGCCUUUAUCUUGGUAAAGUUUGUUUAUAUAGAUAUUUUCUAACACAAUCACACUAUAUCUCUUCAUAAUAUUAGACAUAGACAUAACAUUUCUUACUCACGAAACACACACACAGAAACGAAAAAUAACAAAAAUUAUCGGGGAAAGGGAUUACACGCAUACACACUUAAAAUACACCUUGUAUUUUAAGUGUGUAUGCGUGUGUGUAUCGUCGUUGUAACUGGCCCUGGCUUAGCAUUAUGCUGUGGAGCAGACGUGUUCCACAGCGCUGGUCAUUCUAUUAGACACCACAACAGAUGCCUCAGAUGCAUAUAAAAGAAAAAUAAUUUCAUUUAUUACUAGUAUGUUUCUAAUAAAUAAACUCUAAAAAAAAUUUCACCGUUAGAAUGCAACAUUAUCCCGGAGUAACAUGGGUUAUAUUUAUUUCCAAAAUUAAAAAAAAAAUGUCAUGCACUAUUUAAUUAAGGAUUUUCACAGUCCUGCAGUCUUACAAUUCAGUCUCUUUUCGUCACGUCGGUAAUACAAUUUAAUAGAAAGGGACGAAAAAUAAAAACAGUAAUUAGUAUAUACUUUAUAGGGAUAUCAAAUUGUUAACACGAUUUUAAAAAUGUCGAAUUACUUACCUUCUAUUUAUAAUACGUGUUUACCAACGCGAGCUCCACAUAAAGUGAUUCAAUUGCAUAUGUUUAUAUUAAACUAGCAUUAACAGUAAAGCUUGCAUGAUUUAGCCCAGUGCUCAUGACGAAAUCAUGGCAUAACAUAUUUCCGAAUACGUACUCAUGGGCAAAAUGAGGGUAGCACUCAAAGCUAAGUCAAAAGCUUUUAUAACUUCUUAAAAGCCGAUAAAAAAGCUUUGGGACUUGCUAUAAUUUGUCGAGGAAAUGUAUAUUCAAUAUUGAAGUCCGUUUAUAAUCAUUAAGAAGAAAGGCUACAGGAGCACGACUAUGUCCUAUAAUCCCUAGAUGGGGCAGAGGGCGUCCACGGUGUCUCAAUCGCAUUCGGUCUUCAGCCCAGUAUUUUACCUCGCUCCAAGUCUUUCCGGCUCUCAUUCCCUCGUCUGCAACUGUACGACGAUUUGCCUGGGACGUUUCCGCUUUCCUUGCGGAUUCCAAUCAAGCGCCUGCUUGGGAAUAUGAUUGGGAUCCCUUUGGAGUGUAUGGCCUAUCCAUUUCCAUUUACGUCGCUUGAUCUGCUGGUUAACCAGGGUUUCUCGGCAACGCUACCAUAGUUGCUUGUUAGAGUACUUCUCGGGCCAGUAGAUGCCCAGAAUACGGCGAAGAUAGCGGUUGACGAAGACUUCCAGUCAGUGCGAAUUGUCGUUAGUGACCUUCCACGUUUCACACCCAUGGAGCAGCACAGAUUUGACGUUAGAUACGAAUAAUUUAACCUUGAUUCCAUGCGUCGACAUCCGUGACUAACAUACAGGCCGAAGUUGGGCGAAGGUUGCCCGGGCCUUGGCAAUAAGAGCAUGCAAGUUCUUAAAAUACAAGAAAAAGAUUAACAUUAAAGAUUUUUGCUCCCUUUACACUAUGAAAUAAAUUUUCGUUUAGUUUUUAUCAUUUACGAAGUAUUUUCCUUUCUCUAGUUUGUGGUUUGCCUAUUAGUGGUUGUCUCAUUAAAUUUUGUUUUUCUGUACCAAUGCAGUGUGCUGAGCGUUCGCAAGCUUUAUAAAUAAAGAUAAUAGUUAUUUUAAAACUAUUUUUAUUCAACUAUGCUAACUAUUGUUGGCCCUUUAUUGUUGUUUAAUCAACUUCUUAGAGUGACGCGGGGAGUGUGGGUGCAACAGACCAACUAAAACCCAACAGCCCCAUCUGCUGCAAUUGAUUAGGAGGCUCUGUAUUAGUUGAACUAUCCAACUACGUGAAAAAGGCUUUAAUAAAAUAUAUUAAAGAGAAGUAUUUGUGAACUAUUAGGAAAACCAGACUUGCUAUUUACGUAACCGAUGACGCCAAAGGCAAUAUUGACAUAAGCAUUGUUUAAAAUUAACCUCCCAAGGCCUAAUGGUUCAAACUAACAUCAAUUUCGUAGACUGUAAAGCGAAAUCAUUAACUUCCCAUAUAAAAAUUUCCAUGAUUCGUACUAUAAAAUUAUGACAAAAUAUAUGCUUGUUUCUAAGGUCAGACCGAAGUUUAACGGUACACUUGAAAUUCUUUAUAACUACAGUUAUAAAGUUUUUUUUUUAAUUCCAGUAUGACACAGCUACCCCAUUUAUCAUAUCAUUGGUACAUGGUAUAUCAUACAUGGUUGUCAUGUAAACAUGCGAAAAGAUUUUUUUUAGGACAAAACGUAAGUUAAGUUUUUCGUUAAAGGUUUCAUUUGUUUUAUGCAUAGACAAUAACAUUUAUUACUAACGAAACACACAAUAGUAAUAAUAAUCAAUAAAGGAAAGAAAAUAAACUUUUUUUAGGUGUUGUGGUUGUAACUGUCCCUGGCUCAGCAUAAUGCUGUGGAGCAGACUGUUCCACAGCGCUGGUCAUUUUGCCAGAGACCACAACAGUUGGUUUGGAUUUGAAUGUAAGAAUAAUAGAAGAAAAAAAUUAAAUAGAUUUGUGUAAUAGUAUAUAAACUAAAUAAAGAAAAUUAUAACAUUGGAAUAAAUGUUACUAAAACUACAAUAAGAAAUAAAUAAAUAAAUAUGUUUGUUGAGUAAAUACGGAGAAUAAAUGAUGUACUUUGUAACGGAGACGAAAUUUUGAUUUUAUUUUUCGAUACACAGUUAAAACUAAACCCAAUUUCUAAAUGCGAAAUUACUUAAUUAUUACAAGGAAUGCAUAGUUGAAUGCUGCGAAACUACGAAUAGUAAUCUAUGCAUCUCGAAGUGAAAAUGUUUUAAUUAAAUGCGUUCUGUAAUUACUAAAUGUACAGUGGUCUGUUGUUUUAUCUGUGAUAUUAAAUAUGAAUGCUUUCUCCUUAUAAUUCUCGUAUCAAAUGUAAAAGAAACGUGUUCUCUCUUGUUCUGUUUUAUUGAUAUUUGAUAUGUAUACGCUUUUCGUAAACGUAAGCUAUACAAUUAUAGUUAAUAAUUGUAGUAAUAAGUGUAAUACUCCUAUAUUCUCGUUUUGUGAACAAUUCAAAACUUGGAACACGAAUUCAAUAAAGCCAUUUAGUUUAAUAUUAUUUAAAAACAAUUAAAACGGGUCCAAAGCUUCGCAAAACGAAUUACAGAACUACAGAAAUAUAUCUUGGGAAACCGCUUUAUAGGGGGGAAAUACCCCGUUGUUUGGGAGAGGGAAAUCGCGUUAUACGAACACGCGUUAUAGGAGGGUUUCCAUUAUAGCUAUUAAAUCGAUAGAUUAUAUUCCUUUAGGAUAAGCCCUUCAAGGAAUUUUGUUUUAUUUGUAAUAGUUAUUUAAGCUGUUGGCUACGAACGAAAACUCAAGUACUGGAUUGAUUACCAAAAUUCCUGCACCAGUAGAACUACAUUAUCAUACUAUAUUUAUUUCGUAUUUAUUCGUAUUUUUAUUUAAUUACACUUCGUUGCAGUAAUACAGAAAUUAAAUUAAAAUAAUUACAAAAACGAAACUAGGAAAAAAGUUAAUUAGACAUGGUGAGCUCAAGAAGUACAUAAGAUAAAAUUAUUUAGACAUAACUAAUGGAACACAGCAAAGCAAUUAUGUAUGUAUAUUAUAUUGUAUUAUUACAAAAACAUAUGUAAACAGUAAAAUAUUG